AUGUUACUUGAUGCUGCAAUGAAAUUAAGUAAUGAAAUGGCUAGAAUGCUUAGUGCAGUAGAUGAACAAUCUAUUGGUAAUCAAAUAAAUAUGAAAGGAAUUGAUACUGAUUUAGUUAAUGCUGAAAAACAAAUUAUAAACAUUUUAAAAAUUGAUGAUUUAAUGGAUAUUGAUCUUAGUAAAACAAUGACUGCUGAAAUUACUUCUGAAGAAAUACAAGCUGAAAAUACUGCAUUAACAAAAAUGCAAACUGUUACUAGUGAAAUAGAUGCCAUUUAUAAAGAUAUGCAAAAAGAUAUUCAAGCUAAAAAAGAAUCUGCUGAAGCAAGUGAAGAUCCUAAACAAAUCGUUGAAGCUACUUUACAAGAAGCAGUUCUUGUUAUGGUUGGUUCAUCUAUUGGUGUUUUAUCUACUGCUACUACAGCACAAGCAGAAUUAGUUCAACAACUUCAAAACUCUGAAACUGCAAAUGGUGUUCAUAGAGAUAAAGAAUAUGCUGAAGAUUUAAUUAAAGCAGUAGAAGAUGUUAAAAGUACUGCAAUUGAAUUACAACAAAAAAUUAAAGAAGAUAACGUUAAUUCUGAUGAACUAGUUAAAGUAGCUGAUAAAGUUGGUAAAAAAGUUGAAAAAGUUGUUGUAUCUUGUAGAGCUGGAACUAGAACUAAAGGAAGAAGUCAUAAAUACAAAGAUCUUUUGGAGGCUUCAAAGAAACUUGCUGAUGCUACAAAAAAUCUCUUAGAAUGUGCUAAAAAAGUCGAUGAAUUUGAUGACACUCCUGUUGUUGUUCAAAUGAAUUUACCACCUCCUGUUACUGAAGUUGAGGAAGAAGAAGAUAUCGAAACAUUUGGUAUUGACCAAUACACUCUUAAGGAAAUUGAACAACAAAAGAAAAUCUUUGAAUUAGAAAAGAAAUUAGAAGCUGCCAAAAAGAAGAAAGCAGAUUUAGAAGAACUUGCUAAAUCUUUCCAAAAUUAA